AUGCCUCGUCCCAUCUCUCGGGCUCGCGUGUCGAGCGAAGCCCCCUCCGAAACAUCGUCAUCGACAUCACCGGAACGAACCGCAGACGAUGACACCGACUUCUUUAUGGCCCAGGCCAACGACUCGCAGUCCUCGAUCGGUGUCACCAACUUCCGCGAUUCUCAUGUGCAGAGCAGUCGACUCUUUCCUGUGCCUCCGAUCGGCCGCCUCCCACCCGAGAUUUUGAUCGCCAUUUUCUCCAAGCUCGUCUCGCCCCUCGACAUGCGGAACUGCAUGCUGGUGUGUCGCAACUGGGCUGCGAACUGCGUGGGGAUUCUGUGGCACCGCCCGUCCUGCAACAACUGGGAUAACCUGAAGAGCGUGGCUGCAUCUGUCGGGGAACAGGACAGCCUCUUUGCCUAUGCGGAGCUCAUCAAGCGGCUCAAUCUGUCUGCGCUGACCGAGGAUGUCAGCGAUGGCACGGUUCUUCCGUUCGCACAGUGCAAGCGUGUAGAGCGGCUGACGUUGACGAAUUGCUCCAAGCUUACGGAUAAGGGCGUAUCAGAUCUGGUGGAGGGUAAUCGACAUCUGCAGGCGCUGGAUGUCUCCGAUCUGCGCUCUUUGACUGACCACACCCUUUACGUGGUAGCUCAAAAUUGCCCGCGUCUGCAAGGUCUGAAUAUCACAGGCUGCUCCAAGGUGACCGAUGAUUCGCUGCUGGUUAUAUCGCAGAAUUGUCGCCAGAUUAAGAGGUUAAAACUCAAUGGCGUCUCUCAUGUUACUGACCGGUCAAUCAUGGCCUUUGCGGAGAGCUGUCCGGCCAUUCUAGAGAUUGAUUUACAUGACUGUAAACUCGUCACUAGUCCAUCAGUAACGGCGCUGAUCACCACACUCCGUCAUCUCCGAGAACUUCGCCUUGCGCAUUGCUCAGAGAUCAACGAUUCGGCCUUCCUCAAUCUCCCGGAGCAUAUGACUUUCGACAGUCUGCGCAUCCUCGAUUUGACAGCAUGCGAGAAUGUCAAGGAUGAUGCAGUGGAGCGCAUUGUCAGCGCUGCUCCUCGACUGCGAAACCUGGUGCUGGCCAAGUGCCGGUUCAUCACCGAUCGCUCGGUUCAGGCUAUUUGCAGGCUGGGCAAGAACCUUCACUAUGUUCACCUCGGCCACUGUUCAAAUAUCACCGACUCGGCAGUGAUUCAGCUCAUCAAGUCUUGCAACCGCAUUCGAUACAUCGACCUGGCUUGCUGUAACCGCUUGACAGAUACAAGUGUGCAGCAAUUGGCCACUCUGCCCAAGUUGCGUCGCAUCGGUUUGGUCAAGUGCCAGGCCAUUUCGAACCACAGUAUCUUAGCUUUAGCUCAUCCACCCCGAGCUAACCACCCGAUGGUCAGCAACCUAGAGCGUGUACAUCUGAGCUACUGUGUUGGCUUAAAUAUGGAAGGCAUUCGGCCAUUGAUCAACAAUUGCCCGCGACUCACCCACUUGAGUUUGACAGGCGUCCAUGCUUUCCUGGAAGACAAAUACACUGCAUUCUGCCGAGAAGCUCCUCCAGAGUUCACACAACAACAACGAGACGUCUUCUGUGUCUUCAGUGGCGAGGGCGUGACCCGACUCCGUGAAUACCUGAAUCGAGACACCGGACCGAUGCGAGAAGAGACGGAGGCCACCAUGUACGAUGACGACGAAGAGCUGGACGAAGACGAGGGCCAGGUAACCGGACUGAUGCAUGCGACAGACCUCAAUGACGAAGAUUAUAUUGAUGUCGGGCCUUCCAACGAAUGA